AUGGAAGACUUUGCUUCUCCCAGGUCCAAGGAAUCCCUCGAGGAAGAUGAGCAAGAAAAGCAAACAGACGGAGCCUGGGGAAACAGGCAGCCUGGGGAAGUUGCUUCAUCUUCCUCGUCCCAGGAACUCGAACCCGAGAUAGCUGACCCCCUUAAGGAAGGAGGGCAGCCUGGGGAAGCUGGGGAAGUUGCUCUGCCUUCCUCAUCUCAGGACCUGGAACCCGAAAUAGCUGACCCCCUUGAGGAGGAAAAAGGCCUGGUACCUGAGCCUCAGCCCAGUGAUGGUACCCCACCUCAGAGCCCCGCAUCUGGAGGGAGAACCUCUGGAGCUCCCUCAGGAGAACCAGACGCCGCAAUUAGCCCUCCCCUUACAGAACCACGUUCGGAAGGUCCUCCUUUGUUGAGGACAAGUCCACAGGGCCUUGCUCCACCUACCAUGCCUGAACAGGACAUUCAUGAAAUUUCCAAGGCUGGAGGGCCUCAUGCUAGCCAUUCAGAACAAGUUCCUUAUGAGAGGCAAUCAACUCCUCACUUACCUGGAUCAGAGGAAUUCCCCUCUUACUUCUUCCAGCAACUCGAAGACCUGAAUCAGAACAUCAGUCCGCGAAAAGAGCCGAUAGAUUGGGACAUUUUUCGUCAGGAUGAAUCGAAAAGUAGCUCUGAUCUUAAUCAGUCAGAACUUGGACUGAAUCAAAAGGGUGCACCUGAACCUGCAGCACCUAGUAAGCUAGAGAUUGCAGCACAGAAUGCAAAGGCGUACCUGCUGAAGAGAAGUAGCAAAUCGGGUCUAAAUCUAUAUGAUCAUCUUUCUAAGAUACUGACUAGAAUUUUAGAUGAACGUCCUGAAAAUGUUGUUGACAUCAUUGAAAAUAUCAGCCAAGAUGUGAAGAUGGCUCAUUUUAAUAAGAAAUUGGACACACUCCAAGAUGAACAUGAGGUACCUUUGGCAUAUGAAAUAGCGGAGAAACAAAAGGCACUUUUUCUCCAAGGGAAUUUAGAAGGUGAUCAAGAACAGGAAGAUGAAAUAGCAGAAUCUCCUCUUCCAAAUAUAAUGGAAUCAGCUUUCUAUUUUGAACAAGCUGGAGUUGGUUUGAGUACAGACGAAACCUACCGCAUUUUUCUUGCCCUCAAACAGCUCACUGACACACAACCAGUACACACAUGCCGCUUCUGGGGGAAAAUCUUGGGUCGAGAAAUGAAUUAUAUUGUGGCUGAGGUGGAAUUUCGUGAAGGGGAAGAUGAAGAGGAGAUAGAAGAGGAAGACAUGACUGAAGAAAGUGAGACUGAUGAAGAUGAGAAAGAUGAAUUACCUAAAUCUUCUUACAAAGGUACACAAAUGAUACCCAAAGAAGAAAACAGAACAGGUGCCAACAAGUAUGUCUAUUUUGUGUGCAAUGAGCCAGGAAGGCCUUGGGUGAGGUUACCAUCAGUCACGCCUGCACAAAUUGUUAUUGCAAGGAAGAUCAAGAAAUUCUUCACUGGGCGAUUAGAUGCUCCUAUCACGAGUUAUCCUCCCUUUCCAGGAAAUGAGAGUAAUUACUUGCGGGCACAAAUUGCUCGCAUUUCAGCAGGAACUCAUAUUAGUCCCCUGGGUUUCUAUCAUUUUGGAGAAGGCGAAGAAGAAGAAGAAGGAGAAGAAGAAGAGGCAGAAGGUGGACGGGACAAUUAUGAGAAGAAUCCUGAUUUUGAAGGCAUCCGAGUGACUGAUCUAGUAGAAUCUCUGUCUAACUGGGUUCAUCACGUGCAACACAUUUUACAUCAGGGCCGGUGUAAAUGGUUUAACCCCAUACAAAAAAAUGAAGAUGAGGAAGCGGAAAAGGACGAAGAUGAAGAGGAAGAAGAAGAGGAAGAGGAAGUAGAAGAAAAAAGAGAAGAGCCGGCUAACAUAGAAAAAGAAGUGGGACCACCUCUUUUGACUCCAAUCUCUGAAGAUUUAGAUAUUCAGAACACACCUCCUUGGACAGCCCAGUUAUCUUCAAAUUUGAUUCCUCAAUACGCUAUUGCAGUACUUCGAUCUAACCUUUGGCUUGGAGCAUAUGCCUUCUCUGAUGGCAAAAAGUUUGAGAAUAUCUACAUAGGUUGGGGUCACAAGUACAGUCCAGACAAUUAUGUGCCCUCGCUUCCACCACUUGUUCAAAAAGAAUACCCCAGUGGGACAGAAAUCAUGGAAAUGGACGACCCCACUGUGAAUGAGGAGCAAGCUUUCCAGGUGGCCCAAGAGAAAGCUUUAUUUGAAUCUGGGAAAAUUGAAGAGAGUGAAGAAGAAGAUGAUGAAGAUGAAGAUGAAGAUGAAGAUGACUAAUAAGAAUGGGAA